UUCGCGUCGUUUCAAAGAGUAACAAUUUUAGAUAGGCUAGAUUAAUCACUACAUGAAACAUGAGUAGGAUGACAUGAUUUUUUGGCAGAAAGUAGAGUCGACAGUCACUGGUUUGAAAAAUGAAAUGGAGAGUGAAAGAAAGGAAAGAAUCAAGUUGGAGAGAGAAAACUCGGAAUUGCGAGAGAUCUGCGAUGGCCUCCAAACAAACAACGUGCUUCUUAACCAAAGCUCAAUUAAUUUGCGACACGAACUGGAACUUGUAAAAACCCAACUACGGAAACAACUUGAACAAUCCAAUGUCUUGCAGAAUAAUUCAUUGGAAUUGAAAGAGAACGCGGCACAACUUCAACGAGAUAAUUCUCUACAAAAUGACACUUUGAAAAGCUUGACGGCAACGGUUGAUCACUUUGGAGACGAUUUAGCAGAUAUUAAGAAAGCAAUUGACAAAGUAGGUGCAUCUUGUUGCAUCGAUACAUGUUCCAAUAGCACAAAAGGGAUGAUGAAAUAUAACGAACAAGUGAAGGAAGUCGAGUAUUGUAACACCAGCCACUGGUUGACUCUAGUGUUGACACCUGGUAGCUCGUUUUUGCUGCCCGCAUCAUCCUGUAAGCAGAUAGAACUUGACGACAUGUAUAGCUCAUCUCAUCACAAUGGACAAUAUUGGAUUAGACCAUCUUUUAACGAUCCACCAUUCCAGGUAUUCUGUGAUGCAAGCGAAGGUUGGACUUUGAUCAUGAAGAUAGAUGGAAAUAAGCAAACGUUUGAUUACCACAGCGACUUGUGGUUGAACAAGAAAACAUUUCAACCAAAUAACUUGGAUUUGGAUGACAAAGAAACGAAAUUGGCUUCGUAUUGGACACUACCAUUUACUGAACUUCGUCUGGGAAUGAAAGUAGAUGGAACGACCAGAUGGAUCACCUUCAGCUAUACCGCAUCAUCUCUCUACAGUCUUAUUGCUGAUGGACAGUACAGAAGCACGAGUAUUGGUGAGAGUAAGUGGAGAAGUUUAUUGCCAACAUCAUCUCUUCAGAAUCAUUGCAACAAGGAAGGAUUCAACAUUAUAAGUGACCACUCAUAUUAUGGACCAAGAACCUCACGAGUACGUCUAGGAUUUGUUGCUAACGAACAAAACGAAUGUGAGUCUCCAGACUCUUUCGUUGGUUUUGGAACAUCGUACACGCAUGGGUCGGCGGAAAUUAGUGCUGGAAACUACGCGUGCUGCACUCCAGACAAUGGCUUUGCAAACACUAAAGCAAUUGGCUACGUCAUGGCACGUUGAGAUAAAUACAGUGUGUGAACCGCUGUCUAGCGACUAGCUGCUAGCAACAAUAGCGUACAUUUCACAUUUCGUACGUUUGCUCUAGAUGAUGUAGACUGGCACGUUGUUUACCCAUUCAUUUAUUAGUGAAAUGGAUGCCUCAUGCAAUAUUGUUCUAGCUAGAGGUAGUGCGUAGCAUGCAGAAAGCAAAUUUUGCUUUCAGUGACGAAAUAAAAGUAACAAGUAUGCUCUAGUUC